GUAUUCCAUCCCUUUGAAAUGUCCAAGAUCGCAUACUCCACUUUAGCCAUUCUGGCAAUCAUUGCAAUUUCCCAGGUUCAAUCAGCAGUCUUGCCAGUGUCCUCAAAAGAAGUGGCGUUAGUAACAUCAUCAACUGAUGCUUCAACUACUUCAUCAUCUGAAACAUCAAUUGAUACAUUAGGAUCAUCCAGAGUUAAAAGACAAGGAGGAUGUGGUUGCUGUGGGUGCGGAUGCGGAUGCUGCGGAUGUGGAGGAGGAGGUGGAGGAUGCGGAUGCUGCUGUUGUAGGCCAAGAUGCUGCUGCUGUUGCCGUCGUUGCUGCACAUGUUGCCGUACUUGCUGUUGUACAAGAUGUUGUACCUGCUGCCGUCCAUGUUGUUGUGGAUGUGGAUGUGGAUGUUGUGGAUGCGGAGGUGGAGGACGUAAACGUCGUUCUCUUCAGAAUCUUCGUAUCGAUGAAGCCAACAGAGCCCUCGGAAUCAAGAGACGACCAGCCAAGGGAGGAGACAAGUGCUAAUUUUUUUAAUUCGGGUUUAGGUGUUUUUUUUUCUAAUUUUAUUUAAUUUACUAUUAAUAUUGACAAUAAAUAUAAUCAAUCGUAAA